AUACCCCUCUUUUUUGAAUGUACUAGUCUAGUAACCUUUGGCCGCCCAAGAUGGCUUCCUCUGGUAGUUGGUUCGACAGUUGCUCGGACAUUCAGGGCGUUUUACUGGAUAUUUCUGGUGUUUUGUACGAUAGUGGCGCGGAAGGGGGCGUGGCCAUUCCUGGAUCUGUGGAGGCCGUGAAAAAAUUGAAACAGUCGGGGCUGAGUGUUCGGUUCUGCACCAAUGAGACACAGUGCACCCGAGACCAUCUGGUCACCAAGCUGUGUGGGCUGGGCUUCCCGGUACAGCGGGAGGAGGUGUUCGCUCCAGCUCCUGCAGCGUGCAUCGUUCUGAGGGACAGGAACCUCCGACCCCACCUCCUCAUCCAUCCAGAUUGUCGACCUGAGUUUGAGGGAGUGGACUGCUCCAGCCCCAACUGUGUCCUGAUCGGAGAUGCAACUGAUGAAUUUUCCUAUAAAAAUCUCAACGAAGCCUUUAGAGUUCUGGUGGGGUUGCAGGAUCCUAUUUUAAUAUCUAUGGGAAAAGGCCGAUAUUAUAAAGAAACAGAUGGCUUGACUUUGGACGUUGGUGUUUACAUGAAAGCUUUGGAGUAUGCCUGUGAUGUGGAGGCAGAGGUGGUGGGGAAGCCGGCCAAGGCCUUCUUCUUAGCAGCCCUUCAGGACAUGGGGGUCCAACCUCAACAUGCCCUGAUGGUAGGAGACGAUGUGAUGAAUGAUAUUGGUGGUGCCCAGAGUGUGGGGAUGAGGGGCCUACAAGUUAGGACAGGGAAAUACAGACCUGAAGAUGAGCACCACCCCAGUGUUCAUCCCGAUGGUUUUGUGGAUAACCUGAAGCAGGCUGUGGAUCUCCUGCUGCAGCACAGGGGACAGUAGCCUGGCUGUGGAUCUCCUGCUGCAGCACAGGGGACAGUAGCCUGGCUGUGGAUCUCCUGCUGCAGCACAGGGGACAGUAGCCUGGCUGUGGAUCUCCUGCUGCAGCACAGAGGACAGUAGCCUGGCUGUGGAUCUCCUGCUGCAGCACAGGGGACAGUAGCCUGGCUGUGGAUCUCCUGCUGCAGCACAGGGGACAGUAGCCUGGCUGUGGAUCUCCUGCUGCAGCACAGGGGACAGUAGCCUGGCUGUGGAUCUCCUGCUGCAGCACAGGGGACAGUAGCCUGGCUGUGGAUCUCCUGCUGCAGCACAGGGGACAGUAGCCUGGCUGUGGAUCUCCUGCUGCAGCACAGGGGACAGUAGCCUGGCUGUGGAUCUCCUGCUGCAGCACAGGGGACAGUAGCCUGGCUGUACAGCUGACAGCAGUUAGCCAGCCUACAGCUACAGGCCUGGGGUCUUGGCUGGGCAUUGCUAACGAAGUGUUGUCCACAUCUGGGGCAGGCUUGCUGGUGGCUGACAAGGCCGAUAUAGAAAGGUUCGCCCUGGGUUAAUGAUGUCA